CGGGGAACGAGGCGCGUAGGCGAAGUCAGAUCGGGACGCGGCGCGUUAUAUUUAAGCCAUCCGCGGACCCGGCGCCCCACGGUACGUUGUCGGACUCGGUGUCCCCGGUGAACGAAAAUCAAUAUUUCCGUCGCGUUGCGAGGAGAAGAGAGAGAGCACACGGCGAACGGUCGCCAUUAUAUUCCGUAUACUAUUAUAAGCGCGCGAUCGCGUCCUCUCUCUCUCUCUCUCUCUCACGCUCUGACGUCGAGCCUCCUACGUUCCGGCGUCACGACGACGGCGACGACGACGACCGCCGUCCCGUCAUCAUCGUCGUUCAGUUGCGCCGCGUCGCCGCGACUCGUGUACGUGAAUUCCUUGGUUGGACACAUUGCGCACGUUGCGCGAUCACAAGACGAGAAGCGACCAGCAGUAGCAGCGGCGACAUCCUGAACAUCGUCCUCGGUGAGUCAAUCAUCCUUCUCUUUCUCUCUCUUUCUUUUUCCUACUCUCUCUCUCUCUCUCUCUAUUCUAAUCCUGCCAUCCUUUCUUCCUCAUCUGACGGAGAGCUGAAGCAGCCUCGGUGAGAAGACAGUUGUGUCUCCCUUUUUCUUUCCUACUCCUUUUCAACUCCUCGCUCGCCGAGACGAUGGCGUUCCUGAGGAGCGUGUCGCGACGAUGUUGCGGUAGCAAGAAGCUGACCAAGUGCGGCGUGAUCGGCCUCCUGGAGAACGCGGCGGCGUCGGCGACGACGGUGGCGAGGACACCGCCGUUGCGGCUGGUUACACAGGUGCGCGGUUACGCGACCUCCGGCGCCGACGCCGCCACUGACGUCAAGAAGCAGCAGCCGGCGGCGCCUCGCCAGGUCGACCCACUCGAUUUAAAGUUUAACGACCCGAUCGCCGCGUUCAAGAGCAAAACCACCAUGGAGCUGAUGCGCGCCUACGUUGUCUACCAGAUGUGCUCCAUCGAGUACAUCGUGGAGAACAACAUGAAGUUCAUGAAACUGGCGAAAGCGAUGUUGGGCGAGAAGCUGUUCACAAAGCUUAUGAAGGCAACGUUCUACGGACACUUCGUUGCUGGAGAGGAUGAGGUACAAAUCACCCCAGUUUUGGACAGGUUACGACAAUUUGGCGUAAAACCGAUUCUGGAUUAUUCCGUCGAAGAAGACAUUUCGCAGGAGGAGGCCGAACGACGCGAGAUUCAAGCCUCGGUAUCAGAAGCGGGUGACGAGAAGAGAGAAGGUCCGCUGAAAAAGUACCACGUGGAAAAGUCGUUCGCCGAUCGACGUUACAAGGUGUCAUCGGCCAGGACGUAUUUCUACCUGAACGAAGCGUCUUGUGAACGAAACAUGGAUAUUUUCCUCAGAUGCCUGGAGGCUGUGGCGAGUGCUUCGAUGGGCAUGGGCAUCACAGCUGUCAAAUUAACCGCGCUUGGUCGGCCGCAGCUUCUGCUUCAAUUGUCAGAGGUAAUUAUGCGCGCACGGCAGUACAUGUCGGACGUUAUUGGCGGCGAGGGUGCUAUUUUGGCUCAGCACGUGAAACCUGAUGAUUUUAGGAAAAAAUUCGAAGAGGCACACAUCAAAGACGAGGAAUCGGUGCAAAAAUUUCUUCAAAAAAUUCAAUCGGAUAAAGAAGGUGUGAUUCACCUUUUCCCGUGGAGUGGUAUUUUAGACGAAAAUUAUGAACUGAGCGAAACUUUCCAAGUACCUGAUAUUAAGACGGGCAAGAUGGUCAGAUUAAUGUCGCAGCUUACGUCGAAAGAGGAGGAAAUGUUUAGGAACAUGAUCAGACGUUUGAAUAAUAUUGUCAUGGUGGCUGAUAGUCUAGAUGUUCGUAUUAUGAUAGAUGCGGAACAGACGUACUUUCAACCGGCCAUUUCUCGCCUGACGUUGGAGAUGAUGCGCAAGUACAAUACGAAAAAGGCUGUGGUAUUCAACACUUACCAGACGUAUCUGCAAGAAGCGUAUAACGAGGUGAAAACGGAUCUCGAACAAGCGGAACGUCAAAACUUUUAUUUUGGUGCUAAACUUGUUCGCGGCGCGUAUAUUGAACAGGAAAGAGCGAGAGCAGCAGCUAUGGGUUAUCCAGACCCUACGAAUCCCACGUAUGAGGCGACGACCGAGUCCUAUCACAGAACGCUCAUGGAGUGCUUGAGGCGGAUGAAACAGUAUAAGGACAAGGGACUGGAUCCUAAAAAAAUAGGAAUUAUGGUCGCCUCGCACAACGAGGAUACUGUGCGUUUUGCGAUCGAGAAAAUGAAAGAAAUCGGAAUUUCACCGGAGGAUAAGGUUAUAUGUUUCGGUCAAUUAUUAGGAAUGUGUGACUACAUAACAUUUCCAUUAGGUCAAUCCGGUUACUCUGCGUACAAAUACAUCCCGUAUGGACCGGUUAAGGAAGUGUUGCCGUAUUUGUCGCGACGCGCGCAAGAGAACCGGGGUAUAUUGAAGAAAAUCAAGAAAGAGAAACGCUUGCUACUAAAUGAAAUCACAAGACGUAUAGUGCGCGGCAAAAUCUUUUACAAACCCAAGGGCAAUUAUACUCCAGUUUGAACAGUCGAUCCGUUUAGUUGCACAGAGACAGGAUUUUAAUUAUCAAAUUUAAGUAGUGAUUGUAAAUUAUUGAAAGCUCUCCCGAAAGAUGCGGGCACUUCGGAUUGAAAUAACUAAUUAAAGUAACUUGACGGACCUGUUACUGUGGUACGCGCAGUGUUAUCCAUUACAUAAAAAUCGCCUUGGUGUUAUAUUUUCGAAUGCAUCGAUGCUCAAAGCUGCUAAUAGACCUAUAGUAUUUCAUAUUUGUUCGUUUCACCCAUCAUGAUCUAAGAAAAAAUGCUAGUGAUUAUGUUGCAAUUGGUUUCACUCGUCAGAUAAUGCGUCUUUUCUGGCAAAAAGAGUCAAUACUGAUAUGGUUCUUUCUACGCUUCAAGUAAUUGAAAUUAACGAUCGUUUCUUUAACUCGUAGCUCGUGAUAUUUUCUGUGCGGUAUUAAAGAAUCGAUCGGCAGCUUGUUUGAUAUGAAACACCGACAGUCGGGAGAAAAUAGGCUCUGGUUUUUAGCACGUUCUCUUCAAGUUUUAUAAUGUUUUUGAGAAUCUCGUCGAAUAUUUUCCAUAUGUAAAUAAUACACGCGCGCAUUAAUUAUUUAUGAUCGUGUUCAUGGAACAUCGUCUUAUCGUCCAUAGUAUCUGUAACAGAGUAAAAAAUAAUGAAAAAAGAAAGAAGGAAAGAGAAGACACCGCUCACGAGUAUCCGAAUAGUAACUCCUGUGAUUUGUUACCAUCUUGAUAAUUGUUGCUCACGCUAAACGUAUUUAGAUCAAUUGCGAUGCAUAUAGUUACCAGGAGGGAACAGAUACAGGCUGCAUUGCACAUCCAUUAACGUUAUCGGCGAGCCUUUUAAUACUCGGUAUACUCGGAACGUUGAAAGACCGAUUGUGAAAAAGACAACGUAUUACGAAAAGAAAUGGUUCUUAGAAAUGCGACAAAAUAACAGGGUGAAAAUUUAAUGAGAUUUAGAGGUAUCUUAGCAAGAGACAUGCGGAUUUCCAAAUGUUUUGGUAAUACGAAG